AUGCCCAAGGUACGCAGCCAAAUUGAAUUUUUUGGUACCGAAAUUUGGCUGCGUACCUGAAAUUCUAUUGGCUGAGUAUCUAAUGCCCAAGGUACGCAGCCAAAUUGAAUUUUUCUAGUGCUCAAAAAUCGUAGUUUUUGAUACCAAAAUUUGGCUGCGUACCUGAAAUUCUAUUGGCUGAGUAUCAAAUGCCCAAGGUACGCAGCCAAAUUGAAUUUUUCUAGUUUGCUGUUGUGCUCAAAAAUCGUGAUUUUUGAUACCAAAAUUUGGCUGAGUAUCUAAUGCCCAAGGUACGCAGUCAAAUUCCCAAAACUCACUGCUUAUUUUUCCAAAGUCCUUAAAAAAUGAGUGAUUUUCCGUGAUUUUUUCUAUUCUUUUUUUUUUUUUUUUUUAGUUUUUUUGGGUCACGUGAAAAAUUGCCCUGAAAAUUGGGUUUGAAAUUUAUUUUUGAGAGAAUUUUCGUCUGAAAUUGUGAGAUAAGUCUAGAAUUUUGUCUGAAAAUUCGUAAAUUUAUAACUUUUUUCUCUCCGAAAAACAAUUCAAAAUUUCUUGAAACAGUGAAUUUAAAAAAAAUUUGAAUUUUAUUACCCAAAAAUCUUCAAAUUUGUAUGAAACAGUGAAUUUUUUGAAUUUUUUUUUCGAAUAAAAAAUUUAUUUUUCAAAUUAACCCUGAUAAAUUCGAAUUUUUGCAAAAUCUUCAAUUUUCCCUGAAACAGUGAAUUUUUUAAAAGAAUUUGAAUUUUUUUACCCAAAAAUCUUCAAAUUUGUAUGAAACAGUGAAUUUUUUGAAUUUAUUUUCAAAUUUUUCAAAUACACAAAAUUUUGGUAUCAAAAAGUGAGAAAUUUGGCAAAAUCUUCAAAUUUCUCUGAAACAGUCAAUUUUUUUUCUUCAGACGUCGGUGCUCGUAACGAACGUCGUUUGGCUGCAGUUUACUACAACAAAGCGGCCGGUUUCGAAAUAAUUCAAGGAUUUUUGGAUCGAAUGAUGAGAAUGUUGAAUGUGAAUCCGGCAAGAGAUGGAACCGGUUAUUAUAUUGAAGGCGAUGAGAAUCCGACGUAUUUCCCUGGAAGAUGUGCCAAAAUUAUUGGACCAAAAGGAGUGGUUUUGGGACAUAUUGGUGAGUUUUUGGGGAAUUAUUUGGGAAAUACAAAUUUAAUUUUUUUCUGGGCACAGAGAGUAUUUUGAUAUCAGAAAAUUGAAAUGUGUACGAUUUUCCACUUUUUUUGAAACAGUAUUUUUUUCACAAUAUACAAAGGGCUAUUAACAAAGUUAGGAACACGCCAAAGUGUUUGAGAUUUUUCUGAAACAGUGAAAAUUUUGAAAAAAACAUUUUUUUGCUGAUUUGAGAAUUUUUUGCGUUGUUGAAAAAUUGCCACUUUUUUAUGGUCCAGAUUUUUUUUUUGAAUAAAAAUCUAAUAAAAAUUUUGAAACAGUGGAAUUUUUGGAUUUUUUUCAUGUUGAAUUUUUGUUUGGAAAAUAACACUAACAUUAAAAAUCGCUAACCAAAAAACAAUUUCUUUAUUUUUUGAAACAGUGAAAUUUUUUUUUGAGAAAAUUCAUCCAACACAGGGAAAUCUUGACUGAUCCAUAAUGGAUAUAAAAAAAUAUUGCAUACUAAUAGCAAACAAUUUGUAUCCCUUAAAAUUAAACGCGAGAAAAAAUGCAUCCUUUAUGAGAAUAAAAAUGCAUCCAUUAUUUUUCUUUGAGAAUUUUGAGAAGUAACCAUAAUGCAUCCAUUAUUAGAUGGCCGUGGAAGAGAAAUCCACAUGGGCGUCUUCUUCCAAUUAAUUUUUCAUUUUCGAAAUUAUUGUGUUUUUUCGGCGUUUUUCUAUGUUUUUCAUGUUUUAUUUUGUUUUUUUGUGCCUCAGAGAUUCGCUGGCCAGCUGGCUACUAGGUGGGAUCGACUACCAAUCUAAAAUUGACAUGGACAACCACAUGGCCCGGGUUUUUUUGCAAGACGACGUGGCCGUAAGUUCGGACAGUUCAUACAGCCCACAUCGCCCAGGUUGUCCACCUCGAGCCGACCUCGCGUGAGAGAAAAAAUUCCGAAAAGCUUGUGAUUUGGAGCAUUUUUUAAAAUAUGACUUAUUUUCUGUUUUUCAUGAGUAUUUGAAACCAUUAGAUGAGAAAAAACAGAAAAAAUGAUUGUUGUGAAUUCAAACAGCCUUUCUGGGUGACAAAGAUUUGAGACCACGUCGCCUGAAAAUGCAAGGCGAUCUGGUUGCCGAAUCGAUUUGAUCAAUCAAAUUCAGUCCUUUUUGAACUUUCUGGCCACGUGGUCUUGAUCUAGUGGUGAGCUGGCCAGCGAAUCUCUGAGGCAUGAUAAAACUGCGUAAUAUUGAGAGUUUUGAUUUCAGCUGUAGAUAUUGGUUCACUCCGCUUUCGUUUUUUCUUGUUUUGACCUUUCUCUCUAGUAAUCUAUUUUUGUUGUGAAUGUCUGUCCAGGUGGAGGGAGAUUGCCCAAUCUUUGGUCAAACUCGUACCAAUCGGGGUUUUGGUCAAAAAUUGACCAAUUUCUAAACAAAAAUUAUUCAAGUUUGGGCCAAAUUUUGACCAAAAACCUCUCUCCACCUGUGGGUGUGUUCAAUUGAGUUUUCGAGAUUGUGUGAUUUGUUCAUUGUUGCGUUCUUAUUUUCUUUCGCUUUCUUCACUAUAUUUCUACGAUCCCUUCAGCUCUGCUACGCUAUUAAUUUUGAUUUUUCAGCAUCAGGUUUGAACAUAAAUGCCUCCAAAAACUCGUGGGUCUGCCGCGAAGCAACGUAUUGAUGGUACAUUUUUUUCAAAAAAGCGGUUCGUUUCAAAAUCUAAACCCAAUUUCAAUUUAUUCGAUUUCAGUCUUCUCGAAAUCCUGAACCCCCGCCGCAUGACUUACUGGAUGUCAGUCAUCAGAAUGGUGAGCCACUACCAAGGAAGCCACGGACGAAGCCAAUCAAUGUGCGCACUUACUAGAGUGAGUUUUUUGCUCCCUGGAGGUUUUCAAUUAUACAUAUAUUGUCGUUCCGAAAAAAAAGAACCUUGGAAGAGAACCGAAAUGGCCUAGGAAACCAAGACCACAGUAGACUUCGCAAAAUUUUGGAGUCCAUUUGAAAAAUAAAAUGCGAAAUUUACACGCUGGCUAUUUGCCAACCAGUUUGAUGUGCAUGUGUCACGUCAUUUUUAGUCUACUGUACGUGAGCGCCAAUUCAAACGGGGGUUCUUUUAUUUUCGGAUUGACAAUAUGUUGCUGUACAGUUUUUGUUUUUGCUGCGGGACUCUCCAAAGAGCUUUUUCAGAAAUUCUCAAAUUUGGCUCAUUUUUGUACUGUCAGAAUGUCCUGCAGCAAAGACUUAAAACGGAAUCUUUCUCAGUGUGAAAAACUCUGGAGACUGCUCACACAUCCCCCUGUGAGAAAUUGAAAAUUUUAAAUAAAAAAAAUUGAAACCUGUAGUGUAUCAUUUUUUAUUUACAGGGAUCAAAAAAAGAGGACAAGUCCAAAAUGAGCCAGGAGGCCAUGCGCUUUUGGAAUCAAGGAAACAGCGAUUUCAUGCAAUGGUUUUCCGGAAACUCCCAAUCUACAAGUUGGUUUUUCAAAGUCCCCUUGCUCAAAAAUUCUACCUCAACAAUCUAAUUGGACCCCACCCUGCAACUUCACGAGCAAUUUGUUUUUUUUUCAUUUUUGUUUUUUGAAAAUAAAUGAAUUAAUCGCAGCUUUCCACCAAUUCAAACGAAAAAAAAAACUACGCAAAAAUGAUUCAUUUUGCAUACUUAUUUUUAGAAAAAUGUAUGCUUUUUGAAUUCAAAAAGGAUCCAUUUUUACCCCAUAGAAUUUAUGGAUCCAUUAUGGAUCCUUUUUGUUAUGGUUUUGAGGUACAUAAUGGCUCCCAUUUUUCUGAAGUUAAUGGAUGCAUUAUUAUACCAUUUUGGAUCACUUUUGAUUCGUGUGUGCAAAAAGGCUCCCAGAAAACAUCCUAAUCAGAGAAAAUUAGAAAUAAAUCAAAAAUCCAAUUUUUUGUUUGAAACAGAGAAAUAUUUUGAAUUAAUGCCCGAUUCGAAGAAAUGAUCAGAAAAUUGAAAAUUGUACGAUUUUCCACUUUUUUUUGAAACAGUAAUUUUUUUUGGAUUAUUUGUGGAAAAAUUAAAAGCAAGAAAAAAUUAGUUUUUUUUGAAACAGUGAAAAAUUUGGAUUUAACAUUGUUUUUGAAAUAGUUUCUCUCGAAAAAUCCAUCACAAAUCCAGAAAUUUUUUUUUUCAAAAAAUUUUGAAACAGUAGAAUUUUUUGGAUUUUUUUCAUGUUGAAUUUUUGUCACGACAUUAAAAAUCACCAACCAAAAAAUAAUUACUUCAUUUUUGAAACAGUGAAAUUUUUGUGCCUCUUAUUAUUAAAAUUUGAAGCAAGCAAAAAAUUGCUAUUUUUGUUUGAAACAGUGAAAAAAAUUAAUAACUUAUCAAAAAAUUUAGAUUUAACAUUAUUUUUAAAUAUAGGUUCUCUCGAAAAAUCCAGAAAUUUUUUUUCAAAAAAUUUUGAAACAGUAGAAUUUUUCAUGUUGAAUUUUUGUUGGAAAAAUAAAAUUAACAUUAAAAAUCACUAAUGGGGUGAGUCAAUUUUAUUUUUUGUCAAUUAAUUGACACAAAAUGUGAGUCAUUUUUGUGCGAUUUUUUCACGUUUUUGUCGAUUAAUUCCAUCUUUUUUUGCAAUUAAUUACAUUCAAAAAUGAGGAAUUUCAAUACGAAAUAGAAUUUAUUUGACCUCUUUUUUGAAACGUGUCCCAAAUUCACUGCUUAUUUUUUGGAUUCAUUUUGAAAUGAAAGAAAAUUGAGGGAAAUUGAUUUUUUGUUGAUAAUUCCAACUCAUAUAGGUCACGUUUUAAAAUAUAGGUCAAAUAAAUUCUAUUUUUUAUGCAAUUAAUUGCAUUUUUUUGCCAAGAAAUGAAAGCGAUGAAUUGACAAAAACGUGAAAUUAAUCGCCCUAAAAGACUCACUUUUUUUGUCAAUUAAUCGCAAAAAACACGUCGAUUAAUUCGAUUAACUCACCCCAUAAAAAAAAGUCAUUUCUUUUAUUUUUUGAAACAGUGAAAAUUUUUUUUGAGAAAAUUCAUCCAAAAAAUCCUUGUAUUUUUCUAGGCGCCCUUCAUCCAGAAGUCAUCACCGCAUUCGGUUUGACUUUACCAUGUGGAGCUGUCGAAUUCAACGUCGAACCAUUCUUAUAA